AGACUACAGCUGAAGUAGGUGUAAAGCAAAGCCUCUUCCCUUUUUUUUCUCUCUAGCAAAAUCUCACACAGGAUCGGGUAAACAUCCCGUGAGUCGCGGGGAAAUGGGAGAAAAUUGAUUGCGGGUUUUCUCUCCAGUGCGUGAUUCUUCAAUGCUGUUGAAGAGAAAGAUUGGAAAUGGAGAGAGAGAGAGAGAGAGAGUAGCCUGGGUUGGUGAUUUGUGAAUUGUAGUUUAUCGUUCGUUGUCUUGUUCUUCCUUUUUUUCGCAUCGAAGAGGAAAACCCUAGUUUUGGGUUUUCUGGAUCGAACUGGAUUCCGCUUCGAGGUUGAAUCCGUGAUUAUGCAUUUGUGGAAAUGGAGACUUCUGUAGCGGCUUUGGAGCGGCCACGAGGUGGAACUUCGAAUACGGUUUUUAAGAGUGGUCCGCUCUUCAUAUCCUCAAAAGGGCUAGGAUGGAAGUCUUGGAAGAAGCGCUGGUUCAUACUCACACGCACUUCUUUGGUCUUCUUAAAAAAUGACCCUAGUGCAUUACCACAAAAGGGUGGUGAAGUUAACUUAACGCUGGGAGGCAUUGACUUAAAUAAUUCUGGGAGUGUUGUGGUGAGAGAGGAUAAAAAAUUGUUGACAGUGUUGUUUCCAGAUGGGCGUGAUGGGAGAGCUUUCACUCUCAAGGCUGAGACAUCAGAAGAUUUGUACGAGUGGAAGGCUGCUCUCGAACAAGCCCUCGCACAGGCUCCUAAUGCAGCACUUGUCAUGGGUCACAAUGGAAUAUUCCGUGCCGAUACCAAUGAGUCUCUCGAAGGAUCCUUUCAUCAAUGGAGGGAUAAGCGUCCUGUUAAAUCCUUGGUUGUUGGAAGGCCAAUCUUGCUUGCUCUUGAAGAUAUUGAUGGAAGUCCCUCAUUUCUUGAGAAAGCUCUCCAGUUCCUUGAGAAGUAUGGAACAAAUGUUGAAGGAAUUUUAAGACAGUCUGCGGAUGUCGAGGAGGUGGAACGUAGAGUCCAAGAAUACGAACAAGGUAAAACAGAGUUCAGUGGUGACGAGGAUCCGCAUGUCAUUGGAGACUGUAUUAAGCAUGUUCUGAGGGAAUUGCCUUCUUCUCCGGUUCCAGCAUCAUGUUGCACUGCUCUGCUGGAAGCAUACAAAAUUGAUUCUAAGGAAGCUGGGAUUAGUUCACUGCGCUCUGCUAUAGUGGAAACAUUUCCUGAGCCUAACAGACGUUUACUACAACGGAUUUUAAAGAUGAUGCAUACUAUCUCAUCUCAUUCUCACGAGAAUCGAAUGACAGCAUCUGCUGUAGCUGCCUGCAUGGCUCCAUUGCUCCUACGUCCUCUAGUAGCCGGUGAAUGUGAUUUAGAAGACGAAUUUGAAACCAGUGAAGAUAAUUCUGCUCAGCUUCUUGCUGCUGCUAAUGCUGCUAAUAAUGCUCAAUCCAUCAUUACAAUUCUUUUGGAGGAGCAUGAUAACAUAUUUGAUGAAGGGAAUGUACGAAGAUGCUCAAUUUCUACUGAUUCACAUAUCGGAAAUAGUGGCCCUGAUGAUUCAAGUGAUGAUGAAAACUUAGACGUGAAAGUUGGUGGAUGUCAUAAUGUGGAGAAUGAUGUCGAGCCAGUAACCGAUGAUGAUAAUGAACGUGCACUCAGUGGAAAAAUGACCGAGAGCAGUGGUUAUGCAGGCUGCGAUCUCUACGACUACAAGGGAUUUAUUGCUGAUGACUCCGAUGUUGAAUCACCAAGAGAUAUCACCGGUCGAAUUGGGCAUUCAAACUUGCAAACUGAUCCUCUUGUGAGGAAUAAUCAUAUUGCCCGUGCCUUGGGCCAACUAGCUAGAGAAAAGAAAGGAGAUGAUGGUCCAGCCAUAGACGGGGAAAAUUCAUGUUUCUCACACAUUGGCACUCCAGGGACGACUCUGGCUGCUCCUGGACUUGAAUCAUCGAGUGGUAAAUCCACGAUUAAGGGUACAGGCUCCUCUGUCAACACAAAGCGGACAACAUUCUGGGGUCGGGGCAAUGCAAAAAAGACGCCUACAAAUGGAUCAUUUGAUUCUUCAGGAGAGGAUGAGCUUGCUAUACAAAGGCUGGAGAUCACGAAAAAUGAAUUGCGGCAAAGAAUUGCAAAGGAGGCGAGAGGGAAUGCGAUAUUACAGGCUAGCUUGGAAAGAAGGAAACAGGCCUUGCAUGAACGUCGCUUGGCACUUGAACAAGAUGUGUCAAGUUUACAAGAGCAGCUGCAAGCCGAGAGAGAUCUCCGGGCUGCACUGGAGGUCGGUUUGAGCAUGUCUUCUGGACAUUUUAGCUCACGUGGCAUGGAUUCUAACACAAGGGCUGAGCUUGAGGAGAUUGCUCUGGCUGAGGCUGAUGUGGCCCGGUUGAAACAGAAGGUUGCAGAACUACACCAUCAGCUUAGCCAGCAACGCCAGACUCACUUCGGAACCCUCUCCGACACACGCGAUAAUAAUCGGAGGUUUCUUCAGCAAGAUUUUGAUUCCACCCUUGCCUUUGUAAAUAAUGAAAGAAAACAAAGAACCGAGGAGAGUUUCCUAGGGACAGAAUGGAGAAAUAGUAGAGCAGCGGGAUCUGCAGGUGUUGGGCCUGUUUGCAAUAGCAGACAAUCACCUCGUCAACAAGUACCAGAAUCAACGAACUUGAUUGACUCUGUGAACAUUGAAGCGUCCUUGAAUAUGCCUUUGGAUGAGCUUCCAGCCAUAGAUUCCCCAUCUGUUCCUUCCACUUCAAGAACAGUAGAUAUGACAGAAUACCCGAGGCUUCCAUCUGCAGCUCUGGUGGAGUUAACGACACGUCUGGAUUUCUUCAAGGAGCGACGUUCGCAGCUCAUGGAGCAGCUCCAGAACCUCGACCUCAACUACGGCUCAUCUUCACAAGAUUUCAUCCACAGACCAUCAUCUUCUCCACCUUGGAACUAAACUAACUACUAAAGCAUGUCCCUCCCAUUUAUCCACUCAGUCGUCCUUCUCUGCUCUGUACAUCCUUUUAAAGAUUCCAGUAUAGUUUUCUCUUCUCUUGUGCUGCUUCCUCUUCCUCUUUUCUAUGAUUCCUCACAUAACCCUGAAAUUCCAUUCUUCUCCUCCCGCAAGUAAUAAUCGGAAAAAAAAAAAAAGAGGUUGAGUUCUGUUUGGAGUAUGACCCUUUUCAUGAGCCAUCAUUCUGUGUAUGUAAUCAUCUUGUAAUUGCAUUUUCUGUGUGAGAAUAUAUGGUUUGUUCUUGUAAGUGGUUUUCUAAGGUAGGAACCAGGCGCUAAAUGUCAUCCCAUUUUCUCCGAGUUUUCAAAGUACAGGGACCAUUGUGUAAAUUACUCCAAAUACUUUUUUUUA